UACCGUACUUGCAGGAGCACCAAAGCUUGCCCCGUAGCUUGCUUAUAAUAAGAACAAGCCGUGCACUUCACAUUUCCCCGUGCUCACUCUGUCUAUGAAACAAACGUCUACGUUCUUCUGCGAACGGAAGGCUAUUACGUUCUGAAAGGACUGGCCGAAUUUCUUGGAAACAAUUUGCUUUACCCCACCCUUUCCAGCCUUUUGUGUGUUUGCGCACUCUCGGAUUCGAACGUGGUGUACUGUGGAACAUUGCAAUCGGGGACUAAAAGCUGGUUCGGCUGUAGGAGGCAUUUAGAAUUAUUCGCUGGAAGGAGCAAAGCGUGCGCUGUACCGAGUGGAAAUAUCCGUCAGAGCGCAUCCGCCUGUGGUAGGAAAAGCUGAACCUAAAAUAACAAAAUUGCAAAUAUAAUCUCGGAAAUAACUGCUGAUGAAGAACAGAAAAGAAAGGCACUUGGUAGAGAAUGGCUGCACCUGAUCUUCUGGAUCCCAGAUCAGCCGCUCAGAACACCAAACCACGCCUCUCCUUCUCCACCAAGCCUGUUAUCUUAAACUCAGAGGACAACUUUGAUGCCAUCACCACAGUCAUGAGGUGGAAGACUGUUUCUGCAAUAUUCCUGUUGGUGGUGCUCUACCUGAUCAUCGGGGCAACAGUAUUCAAGGCCCUGGAGCAGCCUUACGAGAGGUCCCAGAAGUAUGCCAUACUGGCCCAGAAGCUGGAAUUCCUCUCCCGCCACUCCUGUGUUAACUCCUCUGAGCUGGAGGACCUUGUUAAGCAAGUGGUGUCUGCGAUAAGAACUGGGGUCAAUCCAUCAGGCAAUUCAUCCAACCAGACCAGCUUGUGGGACCUCAGCAGUUCAUUUUUCUUCGCUGGGACUGUCAUCACUACAAUAGGUAAGAUCAAUGGGUGUUUUCAGUGCUGCAGUGCAUGGUUUAUUAAAGGAAGUGUAUGGUUUCAGUGGUUUGAAUUUGUAACACAGAGAUUAUAAAUCUGCACAGCAUGGCAGUUGUCUAUUCUA